CGUUGAACGAAAAAAGUAUUAUGUCAAACAGUGAGUCGCCGCAAAGAUCAUCGUCAAAACUCGGAUUAUUUUUCGUUGCUGCCACAGGUGGAAUCGCAACAGCGAUCACUGUUGUGUGCUUUCCAUUUGUGAGUCCUGCAUUUCGCAAGAUAUGCCUGCCUUACGUGCCCGCUACAAAUCAACAAAUCAAAAAUGUUAUGCAAGCGUUAAAUAAUCGUUCUGGAUCAUUGAUCGACCUCGGCAGCGGAGACGGACGCAUUGUUCUUGCGGCCGCAAAACGUGGUUUUCAGGCCCACGGUAUCGAGUUAAACGUCUGGCUCGUGUGGUAUUCGAGAUUCAAGGCACUGUUAAACGGCGUAUCGAGUAAAACUGCAUUUUUUAAGCAAGAUUUAUGGAAGUACAAUUUGGGAAGAUACAACAAUAUUGUUGUAUUCGGUGUGGAUCAAAUGAUGGAAGAUAUAGAAAGGAAGUUUAAUCAGGAAUUGUACAAAGAUACUUUUGUGAUUGCAUGCAGAUUUCCUCUGCCUAAUACAUAUCCCAUCAUGACAAUUGGACACGGAGUUGACACCGUCUGGGUUUACAAAAAAGGCAUCUUGGAAUUGAAUUUGAAGUAACAAAGAUUUAUAUCUUUAGGUCAAAUGAAUUGCAAUAGAAAUAGGAUCUUUACACAUGUAAUAAGAUCGACAAGUGCAAUAAACUCGGCAAAGUAAAGACGUAAAUCAGUCCACUCAAAGCGCCAGUGUAUCUGACGAUGGUCCCGAUGUAAG